AUGGACGCCGUCUGGGACCGCUUCUGCCCACACCUCCACCCCCGGCCCCCGGCCACCCCCCACGCCGCCCAUCCGGAAUGGAAGACUUCUCUCGACAGCCACGUCGAGGUGGAUGGCGUCGGCACACUGCCCGUCAUCAGGGUCCUCCAAGAGGUCACUGCCCUCUGCCUCUGGCCCAGUGUUAUUGUCGCCCUUGGCAUGCCCUCAGAUCCUGCUUCCCAGGUGCGCGUCCCACCGCCCUCGGCUCAAUCAGCCAUGUCUCUCCAGCAGCUGUACAAUCUCACCAUCCGGCACUGGGAGCCCUCCAUUUUUUCAGGCCUCCUAGGGGCGUAUGCCUCGGGCACCAUGCCGCCACCUGUCGCCCAGCCAAUGGACCGCGCCUUCCAGUCCCACCACUAUGGCCCGUCCACGCCCAUGCGCGAGGCGGAUCUCACCCAGUGGAUCAACCUCACCCCUGGCGCCUGGUCUGCCCAGCAUGACCCGUUCAUCGGCAACGGCGGCCAGAACACCCUUUUUCCUCGCAAGUCGUCUUUGGCGUCUACGGCCUUUCCCUUUCCCUUCCAGCUUGAUGACGAAAAGAAGCCUGCGGAACAAGACGAGCAGGCCUCGACAGAGGAUGACAAUCACGUGGCGGGUCUCGACGAGCUGUUGGCGGGCAUGGAAGACCAGCGCGAUGAUGUGCAGCAGGAUGUCAAGCCGGUAGAAAACACCACCACCCAGACAUUCAAUCUGCCCACGCCUGAAACGACGUCGCCUGAUUCACCCAACACCACGUCAAACAAGAUGGUAUUAUCCCCCCCGACGACCAUGUCCUCUCCGUUUGUCACGGCAGGCUCGUCCGUCAGCGCUGCCCCCGUUCCCGUUCCCGCUCCCGUCCCUGCCAAACCCCACACCAAGGCACGUCCGCCCCAACUGUCCAUGCCCCCCGUCGACUUUGUACCGCCGCCUCCGAUGUGCAUGUUUUUCAAGUCGGCGUUUGACAAUCUGACCGACGGCAAGGUCGGGAUUUGGAAGGGUGAUUUGGAGGUGCGAGGCAGGGGCGGUGGCAAGUUUUCAGUCUUGGUUGUUGGCGAGCAGGGCUUUGAUCAUUUAUGGCAAUCAACCGCUUGGCCGCAACAACUCUCGUAUCCCAUGCGGUCGGUAUCGGAUAACGACUGCUAUACCAGUUCCAUGAUCCCCGUUUCGCAUCUCGCCCGCGAGGGUCUCGUCCCCAUUACCAUGGGCAUGGUCCUGUGUAACGAGCCGGCAGAUAGGAUCGACCCGUAUGUCAAGAUGGUGCACGGCCUGCAUGCGGAAGGAGUCGCAUUCCACUUGCCAUGCGAUGACCCGAGGCUGCCCGUCGUCUUUCUCCCUGCCAAGUUUCAUGCCAACGACCCGCUCCUCCGGCUGGGCGUCGCAUUCAUGGGAAAGGCCGGGCUCCCCUACCCCGCCGCCGGGCUCCCCCAACCAACCAACCAAGAUGCCGAAGAGAGCGGGGUGGACGAGCCGGCGAGAAAGAAGAGGAGACAGAGUGCGCCUGUGCCGUCCAAGAGCAAGAGCAGGAAAGGCUCGAAAGAUUAA